AUGCCCAAGACACAGCCCAACCUCUACGCCUUUCGCAACGUCGAUUCCCUAGCCACAGCCCUCCGGGGAUAUGUUGUGCAGAGCCAAAACGCAGGCUUCAACCGACACGACUCCUUCAAAGUUGCCGUCUCAGGCGGCUCCCUGCCAAAGACUCUCGCACAAGCCCUCCUGGCCCCGUCAUCCGGCCCCGAAGACGUGAUCGACUUCACCAAGUGGGAAAUCUUCUUCGCAGACGAGCGUGCCGUGGCCCUCGACCACGCCGACUCCAACUAUGGCCUCUUGAAAUCCGAGCUCCUCGACAAGAUCCCCGCCGACCAGCAACCCACCGUCCAUCCCAUCGACACCACCUACCUCGACGAUACCCAAGAACUCGCCGACCAGUACGAAAAGUCUCUCGUCGGCAGCUUCGCCAGCCGUGACUCCGUCCGCCUCCCCAUCUUCGACCUCAUCCUUCUGGGCUGCGGCCCCGACGGCCACACCUGCUCCCUCUUCCCGGGUCAUCCCCUCCUCCGCGAGACAGACGCCUGGGUCUCUCCCAUUGAAGACUCGCCCAAGCCUCCGCCCAGGAGAAUCACGCUUACUCUGCCCGUUGUCACACACGCCGUGCGCGUGGCAUUUGUCGCUACAGGUGGUGGAAAGAAGGACAUAAUGAAGCAAAUUUUUGAUUCUCUCGAGGCUACUCUGCCGUGCUCCUUGGUCAACGAAGCCUCUGGCGAGCGAUGCAGCUGGUUUGUGGACGAACCUGCCGUUGAGGGCGUUGGAUUCCCUAGAAAGGCUUUCCUGUAG